AUGAACGGCGCGAGGAUCUGGCAGCUGGUCUUGGUGCUGAUCGUAUUUUCUUCUUCGAGGGUAUUCUCGGUGUGCAACGUGUGCCCGCGAAUAGAAAAUUACACGGUCACCUCGAUGGAAACGUACACCGAGCCGGUUACCGUGAAUACGUUCACCUGGUGCCUACAGUUCCCGCCCAGGUGUUUGAAGACGUGGACCGAGACGAAGAAACGAUAUCGCAUGAAGACGGAGUCAAAAACCAGGAGUGUGAACGAGUGCUGCGGAGGCUAUAAAAUGAUCUCAUCCAACGACGACGAGAUUGGCAUCAGGUGCGUGCCAUUAUGCGAAAACUGCCUCUCCGGAGUUUGUAUCUCACCGAACGAGUGUCAGUGCAAUCCUGGAUAUCGAGGAGACAACUGUACGACCGUGUGUCCAGCAGGCACGUGGGGCUCCCAGUGCAAAGAGAAAUGCGACUGUCCCGAGGACGUACCUUGCAAUCCCGCGAAUGGACGCUGUGCGUGUCCGUCAGGGUUACACGGACCAACGUGCGAUCAAACAUGUCCGGACGAUCUCUGGAGUCCCGAGUGCGAAUUUCCAUGCGACUGUAAGAAUUCGUCGCAUAAAUGUUCCCCAGAGACGGGCCUUUGUCCGCCUGUUGCAACGAUUUUCGCUGCCAACCGAGAAUCCUCGCAGAUUCCCGAGACGACAGAAAUCACGACGGAAGCCAGCCUCGAGAUCUUAUCUACGACGGAUAAUCCUCGUGAAACAACCAGCGUGGAAACUACCAUCGCCUCGACCCCGGAUCGUUUGAAAACUAGGACACAGGCUCGCGAAGACGGGAACUCGAGCACCGCCAGGCCCGUGAUCGUCUUAGUUUCUGUUCCGGAGCGGAGGAGGAACUUGGAAGACGACCGAGGGAAACUCGCGAUGAAAAAUCCGUUCCUGAGGCACGUCGACGACAACGUCUCUUUGCACGACGUCGCCUUGUCCAGAACGAAUUACGUUAAAAACGUUCACAAAGACGAGGUUCAGCCGACGCCGAUUCCCCUGGACGUUGCCCUAAUCGUAGUAGCCUCGAUCGUGUCACUGGGUCUGACCUCCGUGGCGGUCGCGAUGAUCCUCCACAUGCGUUCGAAACUUUUCGAGACGAUCAGACUGUCGAUCUACGACGUGGAGAAGACCAAGGGCCAAGAGAACUCUGGCUCGGGAAGAAUCUCGUCGAUAGUCACCAGCACACUUCCACAAACCCCUGUCCGUUUGAGUCCCCUGUUCACCUCGUCCCCAGAACCGGGGAUGAUGUUGACAGUCGCUAGCAUCGACCCUUCGUACAACUAUGCCAACGGAGCUGCCACCGACCCUUCGUGCAACUAUGCCAACGGAGCUGCCACCGACCCUUCAUGCAACUAUGCCAACGGAGCUGCCACCAUCGGUUUUCGUAUAUCCGGCAAUCUACGUGGCCUCUUGCAAGACGACCAGUACGAUCAUCCGCCAGCGACGCUGAUUAGCCUGCAGCCAGACUUCGACUCGAACACGGAACACAUUUACGACGAAAUUCCGCUUCAAUCGAGUCCGCUGCGAUCCAGCAAGACCGCGGACGUUCUCGCGAACAUAGGAAAUUGUUUAGAAAGCCUCGCAGAUUUUAAUUAUAUUUGUGAGUCCCAAAUUUUGGGACUCACUGGAUGCCGAUUUACGACGGGUACUUCCUUUCGUUCGCGAGUUCCAAGAAGCUGGUCAGAGAAAAAUCAGUUGACGUUGACGCUGACGUUGGAAGCGAUUUCUAUGAACUCGGUCAAUUUCGACACGGUAUUGCGGCCGAUUCAUAAACAUUUCUGCGAACAACUACGCAGCCGAAUCGCGAAAAUGGUAACUGGUGACCCCAGCGCCUCGGUGUUAUCGAGAGAAGAUGUCAUCACGCGCGCCACGAAAAUAAGAAACCAGUCGUUCGUUCGCGCUUGCACGUUCAACAUGCGGAGAUCGCUGAUAGUCUGUGGGACCGUUUUAACGUUCCUGGUCACCGACGCCUUGGCGGUCGAAGGCGUCAAAGGCGGUCAUCGUGCUCAUCAAGGUGGCAAAGGCGGUCGACUGAAUCAGACAGGCUUCGUGAACAGCACCAUCCAAGCUGAACUUUGCUACAAGACGAUACCUUACGCGGAUGCGCUGGCUUUGAACUCCACAGGACAGUUCCCUCACAACACUCUGCCCUCGACGAACGGGAAUGAAAAGACAAACGGUUGGAUCACGAUUCUGGAUUGCUGCGACGGCUACGAGCGCAACUUAACUUCCGGUAGCUGCGAGCCACGGUGCAACGAAGGUUGUCUAGGCGGCAAGUGCACAGCGCCGAACGUCUGCGCCUGUCCCGAAGGAUGGUUCCCGCAGAAUGGCGUCUGUAUGCCCUACUGCGAGAGACCCUGCCAGCAGAACGCUUACUGUUUCUCACCGAACGUGUGCGCCUGUAUGUUGCGCUACGAGGAGGUGGAAGGCGUGUGCAGGCCCAUCUGUCCUCGUGGUUGCAUAAACGGCAAGUGCGUCGCGCCGAACGUCUGCGACUGUGAACCGGGUUACCUUCUCGAAGGCAACAGAUGCGUGCCAAAUUGCCCCCAAGGUUGCGCGAACGGCGAGUGCGUGGCCCCGGGUCUCUGCAAUUGCAACACGGGCUUCGCUAGGGAUUACACUGGCAAGUGCGCUCCACUCGAAGAGUUGUCGAACAUCAGGUCCGAAUGUCCGACCGGUUGCGGGGCGAACGGCACUUGUGCGGGCCCGAAUCGGUGCGUCUGCGACCUGGGUUACCGGGUGGACCCGGACACCGGCCGCUGCAUUCCGGCCCCCACCUCGUUCCAAUGCAGAAACGGUUGCGGGCCCCAAGGUGUCUGCGUGGGCCCCGAUUUUUGCCUAUGCAAUUACGGGAUGAAGGUUGAUCCGGACACCGGUAGAUGCCCCGACCACCGACCUCCCCCUCCAACCCCGGGACCGUGCCCAAACGGUUGCGAGCCAAACGCUAUGUGCAAUGCGGCGCUAAAUCAUUGCGUAUGCAUGUCAGGGUUCAUCCCGGACCCCAACACGGGAACCUGCGUCCGAUAUAUGGGACAACAGACGAGCGAACCGCUCUGCGAGAACUAUUGCUUCAACGGGGUGUGUACGGGUUUGAACGAGUGCACGUGCAAACCCGGAUACACGAUGGAUCCGAUGGAUCCGUCGCGAUCCAGAUGUUUGCCCGUGUGUAGGAACGGUUGCGUAAACGGCACCUGCACCGCGCCCAAUUAUUGCUUAUGCAACUCAGGAUACACGAAGGAGACUGGCGUCAAGGGUCGACAGAGAUGCGUUCCGAAUUUGUAUUCCUAUCAUUCGUUGAUUGUUACACUCGGCGAGACGAGAGGACGACUGGCCCUCAGGAUGACGGUCGCGAGCUUCCUACUUUUCGUUAGUUUUUCGUUACAAAUUAUCGCCAUGAAGUCUAUGGUCGAGGCCUUACCCGACACGGAAGUUGGAGUUUGCAGCGAAGUAAUUCAAUACCCGGCGACGCGACUCGUAACGUAUUACGAGACGUAUAGGAUGGUAAAGUGGGGCAUUUUCUACCAAACCAAACGACGAUUGAAUUAUAAGAAACAGACAUAUAUGGAGAGCUCUAUAAUUCUAAAGUGCUGCUCAGGAUACAGGAAAACGAGUACCGGCGAGUGUGAACCCAUUUGCGACCCCCAUUGUGUGAACGGCCACUGCAUAUCGCCCAACAAAUGCGAGUGUGUUAUGUAUUACGAACAAGUUAGUAACAACGUGUGCGAACCAAUUUGUCUUAACUGCGAACAUGGAACAUGCUACACGCCGAACAGUUGCAACUGCAACGAAGGAUAUAAAAUGGACGCAGAUUCUUACACCUGCAAACCGAUUUGCAACGAGGAUUGCAAAAAAUUAAAUGCCUACUGCUCGGCGCCCAACGAGUGCACGUGCCACAAGAACUACAACAGGACAUCAGAUUCGGAAAUGUGCCAACCGAUCUGCACUUCCGAGUGCAUAAACGGCCUAUGCGUGGCUCCUAACGUUUGUAGUUGCCAUCCCGGUUAUCAGCCGAGUCGGUACGACUUGUUUGUUUGCGAACCAAUAUGCGAGCCCGUUUGUCAGUUGGGCAAUUGCACGGCGCCAUACACCUGUACCUGCGAGCCGGGUUAUCAACUGAACGACGAAAAUAUUUGCGAGCCGAUCUGCAGCGAACCUUGCGUGGAAGGCGUUUGCAUCGCGCCCGAGACCUGCCAAUGCAACUACGGAUACGGACUCACGGCGGAAUCCAAGUACGUUUGCGAGCCUAUCUGCGAGAAAGCAUGUGUAAACGGAAUCUGCACGGAGCCAGGGACUUGCAGUUGCAAACCAGGUUAUAGUUUCCAAGGCGACGAUACCAUGGAACACUAUUGCACACCCCACUGCGAGGUCUCCUGCGACCCUUACGGUGCCUGCAUCGCGCCUAACGUCUGCGGAUGCUUCGAGGGCUACCAGCUCAUCGACGAAGCUAAUUAUUCUCAGUUGGCGGAGUACUACAUGAAAUCAGUCUGCGAGCCGAUCUGCGAGAACCCUUGCAUAAACGGAUUCUGCAUUUCUCCGGGCUCGUGCAGCUGUCACGUUGGAUACGAACGAUCGCAACACGACCCAAACGUCUGCGAGCCGAGCUGUUUCUUGAGUUGCGCAUCCAUCAACGGAUACUGUAGCGCUCCCAACACCUGCAGCUGCAAGCCCGGCUACGCUACCUCUGAAAACGGUUCUGACGUCUGCGAGCCGAUCUGCGAGCAAACUUGCACGAACGGAUAUUGUUCCGCGCCGAACGAAUGCGCCUGCAACGAGAACUACAGUUUCGCGCAGAAUUCUUCCAACGUUUGCGAACCCAUCUGCAAAGAAUCCUGCGGGGACAAUGGAAUCUGCGUGGCUCCAAACACCUGUCGAUGCCACGUUGGCUAUCGUUCUAUCGAAAACGCCACCGCGUUCGCCUGCGAACCCGUUUGCGAACAAGACUGCACAAACGGUACCUGCGAGUCCCCAGACGUAUGCGUUUGCAAUCCAGGCUACGAGAAAGAGGCGAAUCAACUUUGCAAGCCUUUCUGCGCGUCUUGCGAGAACGGUACCUGCGUGGAACCGGAAGUUUGCUUGUGCAACGAGGGAUACGUUUCCUCGGAACGCAAACUGGAAAACAAAACCGUCUGCGAACCGUACUGUGAGAACUGUACCAACGGAAACUGCGCGUCGCCCGGGGAAUGCGUGUGCGACGUUGGUUUCGCCAAAGAUAAAAAUGAGAACGAAACAGUUGGAUGCGUCAGUGUGUGCGAUAAUAAUUGUAACGGCCACGGAUCGUGUAUCGUCGAAAACGCUGUCUGCGAAUGUCAGUUUGGAUGGAAAGGAUCGUAUUGUGACGAACCGUCGUUCUGUAUCGUGUUAAUGGACGCCGAGUCCGAACGAACGAACCUAACGAAUAUCGCGAGCUACGUGAACGACACGGUUGCCAGCGUAUUUGCCAACAGCACUUUGUGCUCCAGCAAUUGCGCGGGCAUGAUCGGUAACCAGACCUUGUGCUUCGAUGGAUACAAAAACGACGACGCGGCGAAUGACACGAUCGCGUGUAUAAUAAGUAUAGACACAAGAUGUUACACGGCCUACACGAAGACGCCUAAUUACGUCACCAUGGCUGGGAUCGGAUGUAUAGCGAUUCUUGUAGCCGGGACCGCCGCUGCGAUGUAUUUGUUAAUACGAAAACAAAGGAAAAGGAAAUUUUCUCUUGGUGACGCUCCGAGUGCCUCGAUGCAGGGACGGGACUCGUUGCUAACCGAGGAUAACAAUCUCUAGCGUUGUGAAGAUAAUCCAGUUAUCCACAGUACUCCAACUGUAGUUUAAUAAAUUAUUCCUCCAAAGUUAUGGUUGCAAUUCUCAAUAAACGAAGGAACAAUGUAGCUCUAACUGCAUCCUCGAUAAAUUUCUAUUAAAAGCCUCGGACCCCCGAGAUAUCGUGCAUCCGGUCUCGCUCGGAUUACGCGAAACAGUGGCUGGUGAAGGGAAACAGAUAAACGGAAUGCACGAUUGUCGAUACGAGCGCAUCGGUGGACGUCAUCUUUGUGUAAAGAAACAUAAGCAUCAUAUACAGGGUGUCCUCGAAGAAGACGGGGUCCUUAAGAGGCGCAAUUCGAACGAUGAAACUUUUUAUUUAACUAGCUUGCGUAGAUUCGCUCCUGAGAACCAUGGCUAAUAUUUUUUUCAUGCCCUGUACAACGUCG